AUGAGGAUCUGCAGGAUGGUUCGUAUGGCGAGUGUGCUGGGUUUGGUGAUGUUAAGCGUCGCUCUGCUUAUUUUAUCGCUGAUCAGCUAUGUCUCACUGAAAAAGGAUAACCUCUUCGCCACCCCACGAUAUCUAGGUUCAGCCGGCCCUAGGCUGUAUAUGUUACACAGUGGAUUUCGGUCACAGUUCUCUUGGAAAUUUCUGGAUCCUUCUUUUUUGCCAGCUGGAAGUGGCCUUAGUGACAAUACUCGUGCCAACUCCGCAAAAUGGACUUUCAACACAACAUCAUUUUUAAAGCAAAGGCAAGACAUCAGUCGCUAUGUCGACAUUUAUAAAAAUUUCACCUUGGUUAAGAAAAACGUGCGAGUAGGACAGUUGCUGCACUACGAUUACUCUAACCACAAAUACGUUUUCUCAGUCAGCAAUAGUUUUCGAUCAUUGCUCCCCGACGUGCCCCCUAUAUUAAAGAUGCACCACAACACAUGUGCGGUGGUUGGGAACAGUGGGAUACUAAUCGGGAGCCAUUGUGGAGCUGAUAUCGAUAAAACAGAUUUCGUGUUCCGUUGCAAUUUCGCCCCAACUGAAUCUUUUGAGAGAGAUGUUGGCAAAAAAACGAAUCUCACGACAUUCAACCCGAGCAUCCUCGAAAAGUACUACAACAAUCUAUUAACAAUCCAGGAUCGAAAUAAGUUUUUCCUGAAUCUUAAAAAGCUCGAUGGAGCCAUUCUUUGGAUCCCUGCCUUUUUCUUCCACACUUCCGCUCCGGUGACAAGAACGUUAGUAGAUUUUUUUAUAGAGUAUAGAGCACAACUGAAGGUCCAAUUGGCUUGGCCUGGGAACAUAAUGCAGCAUGUCAAUAAAUAUUGGAAGACCAAACAUCUAUCCCCAAAGCGUCUAAGUACAGGCAUCCUGAUGUAUACACUAGCGUCGGCCAUCUGCGAAGAGAUCCACUUGUACGGAUUUUGGCCUUUCGCUUGGGAUCCCAACACAGGAAAAGAAUUGCCAUAUCACUACUACGACAAAAAGGGGACAAAAUUCACAACCAAAUGGCAAGAGUCACAUCAACUACCAGCAGAAUUCAAGCUGUUGUUCAAGCUACACAAUGACGGCUUGACUAAACUGACUCUCUCACGUUGUGCCUCUUAA